GGGGCCGGGGAGGGGGGCACUGCUGCCGCGUCAUCGUAGCCCUCUCCCCCAUCCCCUGCGGGCCCCAGCCGGCGGGGGUCGCAGAGCUGACACCGUCUGACUGGGGGGGCCCUGCGGCGCUGGGGGGGGAUCUGGCCCUUUAAGCCUCUCCCCACCCCCACCCCCCUGCGGCGCCGCUCCGGAGCCAGUGCUGAGGUGGCACCUCGGGGAGGCCCCGCGGGCGACCAGGCACGAGUGGGGGCGCCCCUUCAUCAGCUGACAGGCCCGGUCAUUGAGCUGCCAGGGCCCUUGGCCCCUGCCUACUCCCCCUUGGCCCCAGGGGACGCUUGGGUGUCCGGAGCCUUGACCCUGUGCUAGGGAGACAGGCUGGGCAGUGCCACAGGGCACCGGCACCGGAGCGGCGCUGUGAAUGGGCAGGACCGUGCAGAGACCCGAGAUCAGAGCCCUGGGCUUGGGCACAGCCGCCUGUCUGACCGCCUUCCUGUCUUCCCGGCUGUGGGCUGGGUGUCCCCACGGAGGAGCAGGUUCAGGCCAACUGUUUGCUUUGUGCCUUGGGCCCGGGAGCUCGGCCCUCUGACCUUGGGAGCCUGGGGCACACCCCCGGCCGAGAUGAGAGGAUUUGGGGCCAGCUGGGACCUUCGAAGUGGACUUGGGCAGCUCCUUUCCGCUCCUCCGGCCCCCUUCAGCUGGCAGGCUGACGGACAAGCGACUGCAGGACGGAUUUUCUGGCUACUGACCAUUUAGCUGUGGCAUACCCGGAUUGUGUGUAGGUGGGACAUCGACAAUGAGCUCUGUUGCAGUUUUGACCCAGGAGAGCUUUGCAGAGCACCGCAGUGGGCUGGCUCAGCAGCAGAUUAAAGUUGCUGCUUUAAAUUCAGAAGAUGAGAGUGACCCCCCAACUUAUAAAGAUGCCUUCCCUCCACUCCCUGAGAAAUCUUCUUGCUUGGAAGCUGCUCAGGAGCCUGCUGGAGCCUGGGGCAACAAAAUCCGACCCAUUAAAGCCUCCAUCAUCACUCAGGUGUUCCACGUUCCCCUGGAGGAGAGGAAGUACAAGGACAUGAACCAGUUUGGGGAAGGAGAGCAAGCCAAGAUCUGCCUUGAGAUCAUGCAGAGGACCGGUGCUCACCUGGAGUUAUCUCUUGCCAAAGACCAAGGCCUCUCCAUCAUGGUCUCUGGAAAACUGGAAGCGGUCAUGAAGGCUCGGAAGGACAUUGUUGCAAGGCUGCAGACACAGGCUUCAGCAACAGUGGCCAUCCCCAAAGAACAUCAUCGCUUUGUCAUUGGCAAGAAUGGCGAGAAACUCCAGGACUUGGAGCUCAAGACUGCAACCAAGAUCCAGAUUCCUCGCCCAGAGGAUCCCAGCAACCAGAUCAAGAUCACUGGCACCAAGGAAGGCAUCGAGAAGGCCCGACAUGAAGUCCUGCUGAUCUCGGCUGAGCAGGACAAGCGCGCGGUGGAGAGGCUUGAUGUGGAGAAGGUCUUCCACCCUUUCAUCGCGGGGCCCUAUAACAAGCUGGUGGGUGAGAUCAUGCAGGAGACGGGCACGAGAAUCAACAUCCCACCGCCCAGUGUGAACCGCACUGAGAUUGUCUUCACCGGAGAGAAGGAGCAGCUGGCGCAGGCUGUGACCCGCAUCAAGAAAAUUUAUGAGGAGAAGAAAAAGAAGACCACCACCAUCGCAGUGGAGGUGAAGAAGUCUCAGCACAAGUACGUCAUCGGGCCCAAGGGCAACUCCCUGCAGGAGAUUCUGGAGAGAACUGGAGUCUCGGUCGAGAUCCCACCCACGGACAGCAGCUCGGAGACUGUGAUUCUGCGCGGUGAGCCCGAGAAGUUGGGGCAGGCGCUCACCGAAGUCUACGCCAAGGCCAACAGUUUCACAGUUUCCUCUGUCUCUGCUCCAUCUUGGCUUCACCGUUUCAUCAUUGGCAAGAAAGGGCAGAACCUGGCCAAAAUCACUCAGCAGAUGCCAAAGGUUCACAUAGAAUUCACUGAAGGAGAGGAUAAGAUCACACUGGAAGGACCCACUGAGGAUGUGAAUGUGGCUCAAGAACAGAUUGAGAGCAUGGUCAAGGAUCUGAUUAACCGGAUGGAUUACGUUGAGAUCAACAUUGACCACAAAUUUCACAGACAUCUGAUUGGAAAGAAUGGUGCCAACAUAAAUAGAAUCAAAGAUCAGUACAAGGUCUCUGUGAGAAUCCCUCCUGAUAAUGAAAAAAGCAAUUUGAUCCGAAUCGAGGGGGACCCUCAGGGCGUCCAACAGGCCAAGAAAGAGCUGCUGGAACUCGCGUCCCGCAUGGAAAAUGAACGUACCAAGGACUUAAUCAUUGAGCAGAGAUUUCAUCGAACAAUCAUUGGGCAGAAAGGCGAACGAAUCCGUGAAAUUCGUGAUAAAUUCCCAGAGGUUAUCAUCAAUUUUCCAGACCCAGCCCAAAAAAGUGACAUCGUACAACUCAGAGGCCCCAAGAAUGAGGUGGAGAAAUGCACCAAAUACAUGCAGAAGAUGGUGGCAGAGUUGGUUGAAAAUAGCUAUUCCAUUUCUGUUCCAAUCUUCAAACAGUUCCACAAGAACAUCAUUGGAAAAGGAGGGGCAAACAUCAAAAAGAUCCGUGAAGAAAGCAACACCAAGAUUGACCUGCCAGCAGAAAAUAGUAACUCGGAGACCAUUGUCAUCACAGGCAAGAGAGCCAAUUGUGAAGUUGCUCGAAGCCGGAUCCUUUCCAUUCAGAAAGACCUGGCCAACAUUACAGAAGUGGAGGUGUCCAUUCCAUCCAAGCUUCAUAACUCCCUCAUUGGCACCAAAGGCCGCUUGAUCCGUUCCAUCAUGGAGGAGUGUGGGGGGGUGCACAUUCACUUUCCCACAGAAGGCUCAGGCAUCGACACCGUGGUCAUCAGGGGCCCCGCCCCAGACGUGGAGAAAGCCAAACGACAACUGCUACACCUGGCGGAAGAAAAGCAAACCAAGAGUCACACGGUGGAUCUCCGUGCCAAACCAGAGUAUCACAAAUUCCUCAUUGGCAAAGGGGGCGGGAAUAUCCGCAAGGUUCGGGACAACACCGGGGCCCGAAUCAUUUUCCCCACUUCGGAGGACAAGGAUCAAGAGCUGAUAACUAUCAUUGGGACGGAGGAAGCUGUUAGAGAGGCUCAGAAGGAGCUGGAGACACUCAUUAAAAACCUGGAUAAUGUGGUAGAAGACUGCAUGCUGGUGGACCCUCGGCAUCACCGCCAUUUUGUCAUCCGAAGAGGCCAGGUCUUACGGGAGAUUGCUGAAGAGUAUGGGGGUGUGAUGGUUAGCUUCCCACGUUCUGGUACCCAGAGCGAUAAAGUUACACUCAAAGGAGCCAAAGAUUGUGUGGAAGCAGCCAAGAAAAGGAUCCAGGAAAUCAUUGAGGAUUUGGAGGCACAAGUGACAAUGGAGUGUGCCAUUCCCCAAAAGUACCAUCGCUCCAUCAUGGGCCCCAAAGGCUCCCGAAUCCAGCAGAUCACCCGUGACUAUGGUGUCCAGAUUAAGUUUCCUGACCGGGAGGAGAACCCAGCUCCUGUCACUGAGUCAGUUGUCCAAGAAAAUGGGGAAGAAAUUGGGGAGGGGAAGUACAUCAAAGAGGCUGACCCCGGCUCUCCAAGGAAGUGUGACAUCAUUAUCAUUUCGGGUCGCAAAGAGAAGUGCGAGGCUGCCAAGGAAGCUCUUGAGGCGCUGGUUCCCGUCACCAUCGAGGUCGAGGUGCCCUUCGAUCUCCAUCGCUACAUCAUCGGGCAGAAAGGAAGCGGCAUUCGAAAGAUGAUGGAUGAGUUUGAGGUGAAUAUCCAAGUGCCGGCCCCCGAGCUGCAGUCGGACAUCAUCGCCAUCACCGGCCUCGUCGCCAACCUGGACCGGGCCAAGGCUGGCCUCCUGGAGCGAGUGAGGGAGCUGCAGGCUGAGCAGGAGGACCGGGCUUUGAGAAGCUUUAAGCUGAAUGUCACUGUAGAUCCUAAAUAUCACCCUAAAAUCAUUGGGAGGAAGGGGGCAGUGAUCACCCAGAUUCGGCUGGAACACGAAGUGAACAUCCAGUUUCCCGACAAGGAUGAUGAGAACCAGGCACAGGACCAAAUCACCAUCACAGGGUACGAAAAGAACACGGAAGCCGCUCGUGAUGCCAUCAUGAAGAUUGUGGCGGAACUUGAACAAAUGGUCUCGGAGGACGUCUCGCUGGACCACCGUGUCCAUGCCCGUAUCAUUGGCGCCCGGGGCAAGGCCAUCCGUAAAAUCAUGGAUGAGUUCAAAGUAGACAUCCGUUUCCCACAGAGCGGAGCCCCUGACCCUAACUGUGUGACUGUGACUGGACUUCCUGAUAACGUCGAGGAAGCCAUCGACCACAUCCUCAACCUGGAGGAGGAAUACCUGGCGGAUGUGGUGGACACUGAGGCUAUGCAGGCGUACAUGAAGCCCCCUGCCCACGAAGAGGCCAAAGCUCCGUCCAAGGGCUUUGUGGUGAGGGACGCUCCCUGGGCAGCAGGCGGCAGCGAGAAGGCUCCCGACAUGAGCAGCUCUGAAGAUUUUCCAAGCUUUGGGGCUCAGGUAGCCCCCAAGACUCUCCCAUGGGGCCCCAAACGAUAAUGAUCAGAAAGGAGAACCAUCUCCAGCUGCCGACCUGAACGUACCCACCACAAAAUACUGUGUCUUAAUCCGACCCAGCGGCUGGAUCCUAUGUAAAUUGUGUGUCCCCCUCCCGCCCUGCUCUCCCCUCCCCGUGCGCCCGCCCCUCAGAGGUCUCCUAGUGAAGCCUGGAGUGCUGGCUGGCUCCGAGGGCCGCGCCUGCCCGGGGGCCGGCCCGCCGGUUCAUGACCUUCUUGAGCAUCCAGUGUGCACUCAGGAUCUGUUCCUUGACAUCUCCGCUCUGGGACAGGCUUUCCACUGUUUUAAACACUAAAAACACGAGUGAGAUGCUUCGUAAUAAAGUAACCGAGACUUUCUAAGCUUCCUGGUCCAAUCAGCAUGUCAUUAAGCACUCUGACCUUCAUUAUGAGAUCUCCCCACUGUGGCGAGGAGUCUACUUCCUGUGUCAUGACCUCAGGAAAUAAAUUUCCUUGACUUUCUAAAAGCCAAAAUGUUUGCCCUCUUCCUUCCCCUCCCCCUGCCCCUUUGGGUUCGCUCUCGGCGGUGUUUUAUCCCGGGCCGUCGGCCUUGGCACAGGACGGAGGAGGAGAGAACCAGGAGAGAGCCAGCUGCGCCUGAAGUCGCCCCACCACGGCGGCCGCCUCCCCUUUGCUCUUCCCUUCCCGAGUCCGCCCAUCUCGGUGACAGUAUUACUGGGCCGGCCCUCGCUGGGGGGCGGCGUUUGCCUUAGGAGGCGCCCUGGCGGGGGGCCGGAGGGAGAGGCGGGGGGCCCGCGGGGAUGGCCGUUAGGAGGGGCUUCCUUUCCCUUCCUGCCUCUGUCCGUCCCCUCAAAGCGCAGACACGAUUUACGGACGAUUGCCUUCUUUCUACCUCAGAAGCCGGCCUCGACUCGCUCUCGAGUUCGUCCUCCCUUUUGGCCGGAGUGCUCCACUCGGCACCCCACGAGGCCGGCCCGUCGAGGGGACCUGGCUCGUGGGCGGCUGGGGGUGGCUCUGGAGCCAUUCGUUAGCUCCCCGCGGGCCAGAGAGCUCAGGCAGAAGGGGGCCUGGGGGCGCAUCUUCCUCUCCUCGGCCGGAGCGCGGCUUCUCCGAGCCCUCCUCGCCAAGCCUCGUCAUCUCGGGGCGGGAGGCGGCCUGCCCUCCCUCCGCGGGCCCCGUCCCAGGCCCCUGGAGUCCGGGGGCGCCCUCGCCAAGUUCCGGGGACGCUUGCCCGGGCCUCCCCACAGGCUCUGAAACAGCCCGACCUGGAGCUGCUCCCACCGGGUUCCCUGUUAGUCAGAGGCGGCUCAAGUCCCCCUAUGGGUAGGGGAGGCGGGUUCAGCCGGCCCCCCAAAGGCUGAACUGAAUGGUGGGGGCGGGCGGACUGGGAUCUUCCAGGAAAUGGUGUCUGUCUCCCCUUUUCUCCUCUGCCCCCCGGUUCUUGUCACAGCCCUCCGGACCCGCCUUGCGGUCCUGUGGCGGAAGCUUUUGCACACGUCCUUUCACAGCUGAAUGUCUUAGAUGCAAGUAACCGGCCGUCAGGCCCCCCCCCUCCCCGCCCCCCCCCACCCCCCUCCGCAAUAAAGGUCAGAACAUGAUUGUCCUCGUGCUCGUCUCCUCGUGCUCGCACCCUGGGCAGGGCAGCGUCCGUCCAUCCGUCCGUCGGUCCCAUUUCUCGUUUUUCAUGUCUUCCAUAGCCCGUGUUUCCAUGGCAACGAUCCCUUGGCCUUAACUCUGGAAUUUGGAGAUUAUAUGCAAACGUGUAAAAAGGCUCAUGAAUAUGGAUGACGGUGGAAUUUUAUAAAUUCUAAAAUAAAACCUGAAACCGUU